UCUUCCAUUGUAAACCCUUCUAGUCUGACAGGUAUCAACAUGAAAAUUCAGGCUCAUUUGUUAAUGCUCUCCUUCGCCCUCUUGGCUGCCACUGUGGGUGCAGCCCCAGCAGCCCCGCCCACUAAGUGUUGUCCCUCAGGAAGUCUGCUGCUCCUGCCCUCACACCUGGAGAACUCAGCUCCUGUUGACUUCUCAGACUCACAAAAAACUCAGUCAGACGAGAGCCAGCCUGAGAGAUUGUUGGACAGCGGAGAGUACUACGUGCUGCUGCCGGAUGGUCGUCUGCAGAUGGUCAAGUACACGACAGCUGCUCUCCGGGAGGACCAGGAGCCACAGACUCAAGAGUUCCAACAGUCUCAGCAAUUCCAGCAGCAGCAGCUCCAGCAGCAGGGUGCGCUUCAUCCAGAACUCCAGUACGUCCAGUUUCCUCUGCCCGGUUCACAGUACACUCAGACCAAACUAGAGUACAAGACUCCAGAGCUGGAGCAGAAGGCCGAGGACUUGGAGGAAGAACCCAAGACUAUCAUCGGAUUUGAAGCCAAUGUGGAGUACCGUGAUGUGAAACCCAUCUCUGCCCCCAUCUACGCCUACAACCCUACACCUCUUGUGCGAAUCCUCAAGAGAUAAGGCUCCUACUCAAUAACUGCUAAUUAAUGUUGAACAGGAAUAGUUUUGUACUGCAUUACGAGUAUAUUAUGAUCUCUUUGGAUAACCAACAGCUUUGGAUCCUAGGGAGAGUCUGCUUAUUCUGAAGUACGAAAUAUAUGAUGGUAAGCAAUUA